UUAAUUAAUUAAUUAUUAAAUGUAUAACGUUUAUAAAUAUAUACGAAUGAUGUUCAAGAAGAAAGUAAUAGUUGACUGUGAUGGUGGUACUGAUGAUGCAGUUUCUCUGGUGAUCUUGUUGAAUGCUCACAAGCAAAACUUAAUUGAACUGACAGCAAUUACUUGCGUCGCUGGUAAUACUGAUAUUGAAAAUGUUGUAAAGAAUGUUUUCAGAAUUUUAGAACUUUGUGAAAUUGAUGUACCGGUGUACAAAGGAGCAAACUCAUCUUUGAUCUCCAUAGAGUCGGUAUUAGUAAAAGCCGCUGAUUUUAAAUACCAUGGGAAUGACGGAUUUGGAGAUGUUCUGCAGAAAGAAGUAAAUAUUAGUAAUUUAAAAAAAGAGCAUGCAGUAAUUGCACUUCAAAAAAUAAUUACUGAUCAUCCUGAUCAAGUUUCUGUGGUGUGUUUGGGGCCGCUGACAAAUAUUGCGCUUGCUGUUAAAAUUUAUCCGGAGAUUUUGGACAGUGUGAAAGAUUUUUAUGUCAUGGGUGGAAAUUCUACGGGAUUAGGUAAUACAACAUCACAAGCAGAAUUUAAUUUCUACGCAGAUCCAGAAAGUGUUCAUAUGUUUUUGCAAAGUAAUACCAAACCUUUGUGGAUUUUUCCUUGGGAAACUUGUCUGAAAACUUAUAUACCUAUGGACUGGCGAGAUGAAAUUUCAUCAAAAGCAGGAUCUCGAGAGAAGAUAAAACUGAUCACCGAAAUCGAAGACGGGGCGUACAAAAAUAAGGACAAAAGAGAAUACUAUUGUCCGUGUGAUGGAUUUUGCGCUGCUGCGGUUGUUAAUUCAAGUGUCAUCAAACGUUAUGAGGAGUGUCAUAUGGACGUCGAACUGCAUGGAAUAAAAACACGUGGUCAAAGUGUCAUUGAUCAUUUAAAAGACAACAAACCCAAUGUUUUGCUGGUUAAUGAAAUUGAUGUUGAAGAAUUUAAAACUAUUAUGUUUCAAGCUUUUCAAUAAUUUUAUUAUAGUAAAAAAUUAUUUAAUUUAUUAAGAAAGUAGAAGAGUCCUGUGUCUUCAAGGGAUAUUUUUAACUGAAAAAUUUGUUUUUCUAUAAUUUAUUCCUAUAAAUAAUAUCUUGACGGAAAUAAGUCGAUUAUUUAUUCUAAGAAAAUAGAGUGUGUGUUAUAUAGUCUGGUGUAAAGAUAAUAAAUUAGCACUCAA